AUGGCUAGAAGACCAGCUAGAUGUUACAGAUACCAAAAGAACAAGCCUUACCCAAAGUCUAGAUACAACAGAGCUGUUCCAGACUCUAAGAUCAGAAUUUAUGAUUUGGGUAAGAAGAAGGCCACUGUCGAUGAAUUCCCAUUGUGUGUCCACUUAGUUUCCAAUGAAUUGGAACAAUUGUCUUCUGAAGCUUUGGAAGCUGCUCGUAUUACUGCUAACAAGUACAUCACCAAGAUGACUGGUAGAGAUUCUUUCCACUUAAGAGUCAGAGUCCACCCAUUCCACGUUUUGAGAAUCAACAAGAUGUUGUCUUGUGCCGGUGCCGAUAGAUUGCAACAAGGUAUGAGAGGUGCUUGGGGUAAGCCUCACGGUUUGGCUGCCAGAGUUGCCAUUGGUCAAGUUAUCUUCUCUGUCAGAACCAAGGACAACAACAAGGACACUGUCAUUGAAGGUUUGAGAAGAGCUAGAUACAAGUUCCCAGGUCAACAAAAGAUCAUUAUCUCUAAGAAGUGGGGUUUCACUUCUUUGAACCGUGAAGAAUACGUUAAGAAGAGAGACGCUGGUGAAAUUAAGGACGAUGGUGCUUUUGUCAAGUUCUUGUCCAAGAAGGGUUCUUUGGAAGAAAACAUCAGAGAAUUCCCAGAAUACUUCGCUAAGGCUUAA